UAAUGCGCUUUUUUUCCAAACACGUGCUUUUUUACCUGUCUCGCAAACGCCGAUGCGCUUUACAUCAACAUUCGUGUUUACAAUUUACAUUGUUGAUUAAAUCUUAUGUUUUUUGUAUUCUACACAGCACUGAGCCAUAGUGCCAUACUACUCAUUUUAUAUCUAGCGAAUAAAAUGUUUGCGAAGAAAGUUAAUCAUUGGAACUCUGCGGAUGUCAUGGUUAACGGACUCCUUCAAAGGGCCUUGUUGUCGAUAAACUGGACUCGGGAUGGGUUGUGGACUUUGGCAUCGUGGGUAAAAAGCCGGAGGUCAUCCCAUAUUGUCAUGACACCAUAUUCUUGGAUAACGGACUCAAUCGAGAGUCAUCAGGACGCAACAGGCGGCAGGCGCUGCCAGGCUGGAAUUACAAUCCGUCUGAUCAUGAAUUGCGCAGUGUCCUAUUAAAAUUAUCAUCCAGUCAAUCAUGGGCCUGGUACGACUGCAAGGUGUCGCCGGGCUCAUCUAAUCGCUAUGUACUGGUGGAAGUAUUUCAUGCGGAUGAGCGCAUUGUCACCGUCGUUGAGCGGGAUCGCCUUCGCUGCCUUCCACACACCGGGCAGUUGUUACGAAGGAAUGAUAUUCUCAAAGAAGAACUGGCGGUACCCGAGGACAUUACUGCUCUUAGUUCAGCAGUGAUAAAGUCCUGGAAAAUAUAUUUCGAUCGCACUCAUCUGAUCAAAAUUGAGAACAGUUGUGUCACCUUUCUUCAGUUACGCUACGACGAAAUGCUUGACCAAAACAAAGUGGCCGCGAUACUAAAAGAAUCGGAAACGGAAAGUUAUCGGGGCGGAUACCGAAAUGCCGCAGGCCCUCUUUACUACGGCAGCGACAUCUACCACUCACAUUCCUUCCCUUCUACCGGCGAACCCAACGCUCAGCAUACUGUCGCAAGAAUCAAACCAGGGAAACGACCUCCGUGUGCGGAGGAAUUAACCAUUACUGACCUUCCCUACGAUAUCUUUACCGGCAUAUUUUCGGUUCUGGAUGAACGGCACAAGGCAAUCAUGCGUUCUGUUUGCGCUAGCUGGAAUUCGGCAACCCUGGAACCAGACUGUAGGCAGGUGGCGAUAAUAACGUUUGACUGGCCUGAAGAUCGGGACAGUGAAUUUGUCGGGAUGAUGUGGUUAAGCCACUGUAUCACGAGUGCCAUCAAAUAUGCGCUAUUUGUCGAUACUGGCGUUCUGGGUACAGUACAACUUCUGGAAGACCUCAGGAUCUUCCAGCCGAUUCCAGCAACAUUGGUUUUCUCCGAUUCGCAGUUAUGGAUUCGUCGACCAUGUCCAUGGGUAGAGACAAUUGUCGAUAAAUAUAUGGCAGUUUUGAACAAAAUGCGCUCGUCAUUGUCAAAAAUAAUGGAAUCUCCACUGAGUCGGGUUAUUUUAAAAAAUUUUAAACUGUGGCACUUCCUGGUUCCCAAUUGUGUGAGUGACAUUGACGAGGAGGAUAAUCGGCCAUUUCUGGAUGUAACGCUAACCUGUUUUAUUGUGAAUGUUCAUACUGAAACUGAUUUCAUCGAAUUACUAAAGCUAGUAGCGCCACUGGACUUUAACAUCCCUGCGCACAAAGAGCGCUUACAGCGCUUACUGGAGUGGACCGGCGAGGCGAGCAGUAAACCUAUUCGCCAAAAAGAAAUUAUGACAAUCUUGAGGAAAUGGCAGUCAGCUGAUAGCCGCUUCAGACCGGACAUGGAAUGGAAAGAUGUAUUCGAAUACUUGAGCAGUAAUCUUUCCACUUUUCCCAUGAUUACCUUCCGAGCACUGUUAGUCCUGUCAAAAACCCUGACGCCAGUGCGUGAACGUAGACUUGGCGGCCAGUACGACUCGGACAGUGAUGACUAUUACGACGAGCGUAUUACCUGCGCAGAUUUAGAUUUUUAUUCUGAUUGCUGCAGCGAUUAACUUUGGGAAAGAUGCCCCUAUGGCACCGGGGUUUGUCGUGAUGCCGAUGAGUUUUUUUAUUAACUUUCAGUGCUUGCUCAGCUCAGGUAACUGUUAUCAAUACCGUAACCUUUAAAGAACAAUG